GAUAUUGAGGGCCAAAGUAGUAGAUUUGCAACAACUCAGUGUUCAUCUAGGGCUUCUUUGGAUCUAUCCACACCAAAGAGUUUUAAAGAAGAACAUAGUAAGGAUAUAGAUUGUACUCCAACAGAUAGCAAUUUGGGAUCAUUUCCUGUGUAUAAGAGAUCAACACUCAAAGAUCAACAUGAGCAGGAGUCAGAUUCCUUUGAGAAAUCCGAGUUGGUGAAAUAUGCAACGGCUCUGAAAGGCGCUCGUCAUGGAUCACUCAACUUAACAAGAAGAAGAUCACAUAGUUCUUUUUGACAAAUAGCAAUUCCCAUCUGCAAAGGAACUUGCUUUUUGGUUUUUCUCCGAGAAAGCUCUCUGAGUGGGUUCGAAAGAAUAAAAAUGGUGAUACAGUACAUGUUCGGCGUGCCGGUGAGAGUAACAGAGUCAAAGCCAGCACCGCCGGCGGAUAAUCGGAUAUGGUCUCUGUAUGUGGGAGACCUGGACCCACAAGUCACCGAAGCAGACCUAAUGGAUGCAUUUCGUUUAAUUGGUCCCAUUGCCUCUCUGCGUCUCUGCCGCGAUUCUUUCAACGGCGAGUCCCUUCGCUACGCCUACGUCAACUUCUUCACUUCGUUACAUGCAUCCACAGCUUUAACAUUUCUAAAUCACAAGGAGCUGAAGGGACAAUCAAUGAGAAUUAUGUGGUCGCAGAGAUACCCAUUGACAAGAAAAACGGGUAUUGCAAAUCUUUUUGUUAAAAACCUUCACCCAUCCUUCACCAGUAGUCAAUUGCAGUCCAUGUUCUCCAAGUUUGGGAGGAUAUUAUCUUGCAAGGUCGCCUCAGAGAAUGGCAACAGCAAGGGUUUUGGUUUUGUGCAAUUUGAUUCUAAACUAUCUGCUAUGACUGCUCGUAAUGCUCUACAUGGUACACUGCUUAAGGGGAAGAAAAUAUAUGUAUCAAAAUUUGUAAAAAAGAGCGUGAGAACAGUAGCCAAUGAGGAGACUAUGAAGGCUUCACUGCAAGGGCAAAACAAACAAUUAUUUAUAGCCAGGGCUCAGCAGGAGGAGAUUGUCAACUGCCACACUGAAAAGUUGAAGGCUUCAAGCCUGCCAGCGAAGAACUCAACCCAUCCUGUCCACUACUCUUCUUUCUACUCUUUGGGAAAGGACCUAAUCAAACAGAGACAACAACAAAUCAAUACCGGGAAACAAAGUUUUAAAUCUGAGUCCUCUGUAUGCGGCAACAACUUUGUCCAAGACACAUAAUUCCUCAGUUGCACAACAUGAGAUGGAUUGAGGCAAAUGCUAGGACCAGUGUAGAUAUGCUUCUGCAUUGCCCUCUGCUUGAACCUUGUAUUUUUCUUUUUUCCAUAUGCUUUGCAAAACUAUGGAAAAUACAACACAGUGUAUAAAUCUCAAAUAAGACCACUACUUAUUUUAAGA